AUGGGCACAAGUGCCAGUACCAACCAGCAAGCUGCGUCAUCAGUCCAAGCACAAUCUGAUAGGGAUGUCAAACCAUCUGGAGCUGAUAGCGAUGUCAAGCUAUCUGGAGCUGACAAUCAGUCGGAGGUUAUCAACACUCCGGCAGGCUUGGCUAAAUCCUUUGUCAGCAACAAAGUGGCACGUGUUGUGAUAACAUUCCUGCUGUUGAAUCCUCAUGUUUUCUGCUUGAUCCUAAGGCACAAUUUGAAGGAAGAAUUUCAAGUUCACGAUGACUUUCAUAAGGCCCACUAUGUCAUUGGCUGCAUGAAUGACAGUUUACCUGAACAUUACCUUGUGCAGGGGAAAUACUUUAUGGUUAAUGAUCUCAGUGACAAAGUGGAUGUCCUUCUUACUCUGAAAAAUUAUGGAGCACCAAAUUUUCGACAGAUUCAACUCGGCUAUCCGGUAUUUGGCAUGGGGCAAGCAACAAUGAAUGGCUUCCACAUGGUAUUACAAAAACUAAAGGAGGAAGGAAAUCAGGAAAUCAUUUAUUUCAAUGUGCGAGAGGAGCCUGUCAUUUUUCUCCAUCAGGAUGACGAUUUUAUUCCUUACACCCCACGUGACCGCAAUGACCUUCAGGAAAAUCUCUACAAUCUGACUUCAAGAGAUCAGGUGGAAAACCUGGAAUUAAUCAUUAAAAAGGAGCUGCUGGAUUUUGCUGUUCUGAGCAACAAAAUUUACUAUGUUUAUCAUGGCACAGAGCAAUUUGUUGCUGAAGCUCUCCCAAAGACAAUUGAGAAUGUGGAAGAUGUUCGUAUCUCAGAAGAGGUCUAUAGAGGCCAUGUGUUUACAAUGCCAUACUUCAGAUAUAAACGGUUACCUUUGCCUGUUGCUAACACUCUGGAAGAAGCGGACUUCGAUGCUUUCAUUAGUACAGUCAGGGACUGUCCAAACAUCAUUUUCGGGACCAGUCCUAAGCCACCUCCUGCACUACUCUUUAGCUGCCAAUCAGGAAUUGGACGUUCCCAUCUUGGAAUGAUAAUAGGUGCACUAAUCAUAGCUCACAGAACAGCAUUUCCUCAGACGGAAAGAUCUGAGAAGAAAAUUGUUUCUGGUCCAGAAAGGCACUUCCAGCUUGUUGAGAAAUAUGCCUCUUCUUUUCCCAAUGGCCAAAGAAUAGUUGAGGAGGGACUGUUACGGAUCCUGUCCUACCUGACCGAUGAUACCAGGAAGUUUACUCGGGUGCUGUGUCUGAACCUGAGAGAAGAAGCAGUGCUGGAGGCAGAUGGACAAUUUUAUUCACUUAGGGAAGCCAACAAUCUCCAGCAGGAGAUCAUCAUCCCAGCCACAACUGUGGAGCAACUGGAGGAAGUUGAGUCUGCUUCCAAAAUGGACCUAUUGAGCUCCAAGGACCCCACAGAGACCUGGCAGGAGGAAACAAAGGAAAUGAAAAAGUUCAACUCAUGCAUGACUCUGAAGGAGGUUUACAGCCAGGCAGCCAUACAGUAUCCCCAGCUGCAAUACCAGCGUAUUCCAAUUACAGAUUGUGCAGCUCCCACAGAAGAGGAAUUUGAUAUCUUCCUUAAUGUCUUGAGGUCAAAUUUAACUGUGGAUCAAAACACAGUGAUUGUCUUAAAUUGUCACAACGGUAAAGGAAGGACUACAACUGGCAUGGCUAUCUCCCUGCUUCUGAUCUGGCACAUAAAAGGGUUUCCAGAACCUAUUGUGGAGGAUAUGGUGAGCAUCCCCGAUGCAAAGUAUACAAAGGGUGAGUUUGAGGCAGUUCUUAGUCUGGUUCGUAUUCUUCCAAAUGGUGAUGAAAUGAAAAAGGAAGUGGACAGAGCUCUUGAUGCAGUGAGUGAUUCAAUGACUCCUAUGAUGCAUCACUUAAGGGAACUCAUCCUCAACACCUAUAAGAAGUCCAAAGGAGCAAAGGAUAAAGAUACUGCAGAAAGCUUGCAUUUGCGUAGUCUACAAUACCUAGAGAGGUAUCUGUACCUCAUUCUUUUUGACACUUAUCUACACCUAGAGAAACCAGGAAAAUGGGAAAGAACCUUCAAAGAAUGGAUGACUGAGGUGGCUGCUCCUGCAGGUGUGUUUGAAAUCCUGGACAAAUUGGGAUUCUCAGAGUUUGAGGAUGUGGAAUCUACCCCAAUGUGCAGGAUGCGCAACCGGUGGCAGAAACAGAGAGGAUACAACGUCCCAACAUUUGGUGAUAUGAUCGGAUAA